AUGGCUGAUAAAGAGGAAACUGGUGGAGGAGAGCAGGACGAUGUUUCCUUUCUACGAACUGGUGAUAUAGUAUGUUUGUCGUGUGUUGCUUCCCAUAAUCGAGAUGGAGUACUCGGGUCUGAACGUGUCUGCCUUUGUACGGAAGGCUUUGGUAAUCGCAUGUGUACGCUAGAGAAUGUAUCUGAUAAGGAUAUUCCACCUGAUAUUGCUAUGUGUAUGCUUUACAUUGAUAAUGCCUUAUCCAUGCGAGCUCUCCAAGAGAUGAUGUCUUCGGACUCAGAACAUACAUCAGCUUCGGGAGCCGGCGGUCACAAAACCUUGCUAUACGGACACGCUGUUCAAUUGAAACAUGUCCAGAGUGAAAUGUUUCUUGCCUGCCUAUCUUCUUGCUCUUCGAACGAUAAACUAGCUUUUGACGUCGGAGUUCAAGAAACUAACACAGGGGAAGCAUGUUGGUGGACAAUCCAUCCAGCUUCGAAACAACGUUCCGAAGGAGAGAAGGUCCGAGUGGGGGAUGAUGUUAUCCUUGUUAGUGUAGCGACAGAGCGAUACUUGCAUAUGGCUUUCAACAAAAAUUAUAUGGUCAUUGCUUCUUUCCAUCAAACACUCUGGAAUAUUCAAUCAGUUAGUUCGGGUAGCAUGCGUACAAGAAAUAUGGGUUUUCUUUUCGGUAAUGAUGUUUUGCGUCUAUUUCAUGGUAAUGACGAGUGCCUUACAAUACCUGAAAACUGGAGUGAACAUCCUCAACACAACAUGGUCAUUUACGAAGGAGGAGCUGCUGUGAAUCAAGCUAGAUCAUUAUGGCGCGUUGAGCUAGUACGCACAAAAUGGCAUGGAGCACUUGUAGGAUGGGAACAAGUAUUCAGAAUCAAACAUAUCACUAGUGGAAGAUAUCUUGGUGUCAUUGAAAAUGCUGUACAGCUUUAUCAUAAAGACAAAGCCGACUUUGAUUUAACUGCCUUCGUUAUGUGCCAAAACAAAGAUCCUAAAAAGCAAAUGCUGGAAGAAAAAGAGGAAGAGGGCAUGGGAACUGCAACUAUUCGUUACGGAGAGACGAAUGCCUUUAUUCAACACGUCAAAACUCAGUUAUGGCUGUCAUAUCAGACCUCCGAAGUAACGAAAAAAGGAUUAGGAAAAGUAGAAGAGAAGAAAGCUGUUGCUUUAAAAGAUGGCCAUAUGGAUGAUUGUUAUACAUUCUUUAUGGCUCUUGAAGAAGAAUCGAAAUCAGCUCGUGUCAUCCGGAAAUGCAGUAGUGUUUUGAACCGAUUUCUGAAAGGAAUUGAAGCAUUGCAAGUCGAAGGCAAUCAGUCUUCGGAUUGGACAAGAGUAGAUUUAACAGAAGUCCUUAAACUUAUGGAAGAUCUCAUAGACUAUUUUGCUCAACCACGGGAAGAUGAAGAUUUCGAAGACAAACAAAAUUGUCUCAGAGCUUUACGUUCCCGGCAAGACCUCUUCCAAGAAGAGGGUGUACUCAAUAUGAUCUUAGACACAAUUGACAAAUUCUCUCAAAUGGAGUCUUUACCAGACUUUGCUGGUUUGAUCGGAGAAGAAACACAUAUUAUGUGGGAAGAAAUUGCUACAUACCUGUACUUACUAGUUGCUGCUAUGAUUAAAGGAAAUCACUAUAAUUGUGCACAGUUCGCUGCUGCACAACGUCUUGACUGGCUUUUCGGACGCCUUUCAAAUCCACAAUCAGCUGAAGGAAUUCUGGAUGUAUUGUACUGUGUUUUAACGGAAUCACCAGAAGCUCUCAACAUGAUCAAUGAAGGACAUAUCAGAUCUGUCAUAUCGUUAUUAGAAAAAGUCGGAAGGGACCCUAAAGUUUUGGACGUGUUGUCUUCAUUAUGUGAAGGAAACGACAUGGCCGUUAGGAGCAGUCAGAACUUAAUUACACAAUAUUUAUUACCAGGAAAAGAUCUUCUUUUACAAACUUCUAUGAGAGAUCAUGUUAGCAGCGUUAUGCCAAACGUUCUUGUUGGAGUAGUGGAAGGCUCAGCUCUGUUCCGAAAAUGGUAUUUCGAAGCAGAGGUUGAACAUAUCGAAAGAAUGACCAAAGAGGCUCCUUAUCUUCGAAUUGGAUGGGCCAACAGCAUAGGCUUCAAGCCAUUCCCUGGUUCCGGAGAUAGAUGGGGUUGCAACGGUGUGGGAGAUGAUUUCUAUUCAUACGGUUUUGAUGGUCAAUCAGUUUACUUCGCCGGAAGAGGACGAAGAGUAUCACAGAAAAAGCUCGCCAAAGGAGACAUCGUCGGGUGUUGUCUUGAUUUGACAGUGCCUGAAAUCAAGUUCUCGUUGAAUGGUCAACCUGUCAGCGGAUCUUUUCGAAAUUUCAAUAUGGACGGUUUCUUCUUCCCAGUGAUGUCCUUGAGCGCCAAAGUCAGUUGCCGUCUUAUAUUUGGUGGAGAUCAAGGUAGAUUAAAGUUUGGUCCUCCACUAGGCUAUUCGGCUGUGAUCGAAGCUGUCCAAGGAGAUAUUCAGAUAACAGAUUGUCUUCCUUUUGGUGACUUGCCGAAAAACAUCUUUUGCGGACCUCAUACAAUGUUUUCAACUUUGGAGCCCUUUGUUCCUGAGCCAAUAGAUAUCAGUGGAAUUCAACUACAUCAGAGAGCCAUGGAGAUUCAUCAAAAGUUUGCCGAGAAUCUCCAUGAACUCUGGGCAAUGAGAAAGAUUGAGUUAGGAUGGAGCUUUGGAGAUACACGUUCGGAGAUUGGGCGUAAACAUCCUUGCCUCACAUCAUUCGAUCGUCUGCCAGCUACAGAAAAAACAUACAACGUCACCUUGGCUUUGGAUACUAUGAAAACAAUCGAAGCAUUAGGCCAUCAUUUGAUAGUCGAUGAUCCUCCUUGCCGCCUGAGGCCUGUACGAUUAGCUCAAACAUUUCAACAGAUGAAUGGAUUUAAGCCUCAACCUCUAGAUACACAUGAAAUUGUCUUGCCAGAUAACUUAAAUCUACUUAUUGAUGCUCUAGCCAGAAACACUCAUAAUGUAUGGGCGAGAGAGAAAAUUAAACGCGGAUGGACAUUUGGAUUGAGCGAGUUUGUUGACUCCACGCAAAAGCGUUCUCCACAUCUCGUUCCUUACGAUCAAGUUGAUAAUAGGAUUAAAGAAGCUAAUAAGGAAUCAGCAGCUGAAAACAUUAGAGCCCUUCAACUAUUUGGAAUUUUCAUUGAACCACCUGCCCAUGAACACGACGAAAUUGCCGAGAAAGAACUAAGGGCCAGAAAAGAUCGAACAAGAACAUACAGAGCUGAAGCUACUUAUGCCGUUAAUGGAGGCAAAUGGUACUUUGAGUUCGAGAUCCUCACAGAAGGGUACAUGAAAAUUGGGUGGAUGGAUGUGUCAGCUUCUCCCGAAACGCAAUUGGGCAUCGAUGAUCGCAGUUAUGCAUUCGAUGGUUACUUGGGUAGAAAAUGGCAUCAAGGACCAGAAGCAUAUGGUAAAGAAUGGAACGUCGGUGAUGUUGUGGGAUGUUUUUUGGAUCUUAAUGACAGAACCAUUAGUUUCUCGUUGAAUGGAGAGUUGUUACUAGAUCCAUCAGGAUCAGAAAUGGCUUUCGACAAUGUGAUGAUCGGUGACGGACUCGUUCCAGCUAUGACUUUGGGUAGUGGCCAAAGAGGACGUCUGAAUUUUGGUCAACAAAGUAAUUCAUUACGGUUCUUUACUACUUGUGGUCUCCAGGAAGGUUAUGAACCAUUCUGUGUGAACAUGUACCGAACAAUGCCAAUGUGGUUUGCUAAAGAGAUGCCUCGGUUCGAGGAUAUUAGCUCCAGGCAAUCGCUUGAUGUUUCUCGUAUACCUGCCACCGGAAACAGUCCACCAUGUUUGAAAAUUACUCAAAAGAACACACAGUCAGAAGGAGGUCCUUCGGAGAAAGCUCAAAUGGAGUUUCUGCGUUUGUCUUUACCUGUCAAAUGCAAUGAUUCCUUUGUUAAAAACAAAGAUCGUGAUGGUAUUCGCAGAGCAAUGGCAGAAUUCAAGCCACGUUCGCAAUCAGUUGUUUCUCAAAUUCGUUCACCUGGAAUACCAAAAGAAUUUGAUGAUCAGCCUAGGAAAUCUUUCUUACGAACAGUGUUGUCUUCAAAAGAAGAUUCUGAUGACGAUCGUUCUCAAAGAUCAAAGCAAACUUCAUUUGAAGGUGAACAUGAGCAUGAAGCUCCGGCUAUCAGCCAACGUCGACGAAUGAUGACACUUAUGAAUUUUGGGAUGUAUUCCUUUGAUGAAAGUGUUUUAUCCUGGCUACGUCUUGAAGGCGAAGAACAGGAAAAAUGGAUUCAAGCCGUCAGAGAAUCGCUCCAUGAUAUGACUCCAGAAGAUCGAGCUGCUGCGGAGGAACACUUGAGACAUGUAGCUAAUGAAAGAGAGAAACCUGUUAAAAAAGGAGGAUUACUCAGUAGAUUGAGAGAUAACAGCAACACUCGCAAAAAGGAGAAAGCCGAAAGAACUCAAAAUCUCAGGAGUCAAAAAACUAAUUCACGUUCAUUUGAUGCUGGGUCGCUUGAGCCUGCUGAUAAUCAUCCAGUUGGUCAUAAGGAUGUAUUGGCUGCUGCAGAUAACAUGCCAUCUACCGGACCGGGACGUCAACUGACAAUCAGAAAGUCAUCUUUAAAGAAAAAACAGAAGAAGAAAGAUCAGAAUGUGAAACUCAAUGAAAAUCGUGGUUCCACUGUCGGCCUUGAUAUUAAUGUUGAAGGAGCCAACAAUGAAGGUGACGGUGCUGCCCUGGAGGCCUACAGGGAAAAGGUUGAUGAAUACUAUUACGGUGUUCGUAUCUUCCCAGGGCAAGAUCCUGCCAAUGUGUGGGUUGGAUGGGUAACCCCCCUCUACCACUACGCCAAUGAAACUUUUGAUGACAAGCAAGGAGUUCGCAAAUGUCGAUUCACUGAAGCUGAUCAUCAAGGAACAACUAUUGACAGUGUUGAAUACCGUAGUUGCUUCAUGAUGAACGCCGCUGAGCUUCUCACUAGAGUGCCAGAUGUGGCAAAUACUAAGGUGUCUGGAAUUCUCAUAGGUUGUAUCAUCGAUAUUUCUGUCGGGGAGCUUAGUUUCCAAGCUGCUGGUCAAGAUACUGGUGUGAAGUUCAAACUUGAGCCUGGAGCAAUUCUGUUCCCAUCUGCUUUCGUUACCCCAACUGCUUCUGAAAUACUUCAAUUUGAGCUAGGAAGAAUCAAGUACACUUUCCCUCUAUCGGCUGCAAUGUUCAAAUCAUGCACAAAAUCCAUAGUUCCAUUCUGUCCUCCUCGACUGUCAGUAGAAGUUCUACAAUCAAUCUAUUGGGCGCGGGUUCCUAAUGAGAUCCUCCGAACAACAGCUCUGAAACUGAGUGACGUUAGAGGGUGGUCUGUUCUUUGCAACGAUCCUGUUAGGGUCAUGAUGGUUUAUGUACCUGAGAAAGAUCAGUCCUUCGAUAUUCUCGAAAUGAUAGAAGAUCAAGACAAGCUUGAUUUCCAUAGACAAACGCUGAACUUGUACUGUAAGCUAGCAAGUCAUGGUAACUUAAAAGUAGCACACGUUCUUUGUCGACAUGUGGAUGAAGAUCAGAUAAUGUAUGCUGUGAGAAGCAAUUAUCUAUCCGGACAAAUGAGACAAGGGUUCCACGAUUUGCUCAUAGCUCUCCAUCUUAAUAGUCAUGCUAGUGCCAGAAAAAGUAUGGCAAAUGAAUAUGUCAUCCCACUCGUACCAGAACUCAGUGAUAGGAAUGUCUUCGACAUUGAUACAGAAACUCGGUAUCCUCAAAUCAUGGGAACUCCUAUUUCCAUGUUGUCUGUGAUGGCGUCCGAGUCAGUGCGAUCACACGUUAAUCGGGAAGAAGAGAUGAAGCUGUUACCGCCAUCUGUUAACUUCGAUUCUCUUAAGUCACAUGUAAUGGAAGCGCUGCAAAUAACUACACAUCAUGCUGUGAUGAACUGUAGGGAUCUGAUAGGUGGAUCAAAUUUAACUCAUUUCGAACCGUUGUUCAAGCUCUUCGAUGCUUUAUUAGUUAUCGGAUUGAUUGGUGACGAUGAAUGUGAAUUAUUGCUUAAGUUGAUUCAUCCCUCAGCUUUCGAUGAAGCUUUCGAACCAAGAACAACUAAGAAAGGCUUAACAGAAAUAGAAUUAGCCGAAGGGGUUAAAAUUCAGUUGGUCAGCAUUCUCGACCAUCUUUGCGACAUCCAGCUUCGACACCGCGUGGAGUCACUAAUUGGAUUCACUGAAGGUUUUGUAGGCGAUUUACAAGGAGAUCAAUGUCGAAGAUAUAUGGAUAUCAAACAAACCGACAUGCCUCCAGCCGAGGCUGCCAAAAAAACCAAAGAGUUCCGCUGUCCACCUAAAGAACAGAUGUUCCGAUUACUUCAGUGCAAAGUUAAAGAAGAGAAAGAAGAUCCAUUGGACGAUGAAGUAGAAUAUGAUCAAUGUCCCAUGGCUGAUUCAUUGCAACAACAACUAAGAGAUUUCUGUGAUAUGCUCGUGCAGCGUAUCGGUAAUUCGGACUGUAUUGAAUCAGAAGAACAGUUAGCAUUGAUAGAAUCUGAAGAAUCAUCAUGGGUUGAUUCACUUGCUCGCCUUGUAGUAGCAGUUCCACCUCCUCUACCAACAGAAACAGUUAUUAGACAAAAGAGAGGAACUGAGAGUUUCAGAGAGAUGAUCAUACAGAUGUUGCGAGAUUGGGCUAUGAAUGAUUUCAUAGAAAGUAAUGAUUUGAUUCGGAAAAUGUUCAACUUGUUACUUCGUCAAUAUUCUGGUGUUCGUGAAUUGCACGAUGCCAUGAGUCAAACGUAUGUACUUCAUGAACGUAAUGUUCAAGACGUUCAAGACUUCAUCGUCUAUCUUAUACAAAUUAGAGAGCUUCUUACUGUUCAGUUUGAGCAUACAGAAGAAGCGAUUCUGAAAAGGGGACUGUGGAAACUUAUGAACAAUCGUAUUUUCUUCCAACACCCCGACUUGAUGCGCCUUCUCUCUGUGCAUGAAAAUGUUAUGUCCAUCAUGAUGAACAUUCUGACUGCUCAGCAGGGUACUGUUGAGAUUGAAGGAGAUGAAGUGAAAGAAAAAGCACAAAAGGAUUGCUCCGAAAUGGUUGUCGCUUGUUCUCGUUUCUUAUGUUACUUCUGUCGAACAUCUCGACAAAAUCAGAAAGCAAUGUUCGAGCAUUUAACGUUCUUGUUGGAUAAUGCCACUAUGCUGCUCGCUCGUCCAAGUUUGAGAGGAUCCGUUCCAUUGGAUGUAGCCUAUUCGUCAUUUAUGGAUAACAACGAGCUCGCCCUUGCUUUGAAAGAAGAAGAACUCGAUAAAGUUGCAGUUUAUCUUUCUCGUUGUGGUUUACAACCUAACUCUGAAUUAAUCACUAAAGGUUACCCCGAUAUUGGUUGGGACCCAGUUGAAGGAGAAAGAUAUAUUGAUUUCUUGCGAUUCUGUGUUUGGAUUAACGGAGAAAACGUUGAGGAAAACGCUAAUUUGGUGAUUCGGCUACUGAUUCGACGUCCUGAAUGUUUGGGUGUAGCACUAAAGGGUGAAGGGCAGGGCCUGUUCGCAGCCUUCAAGGAAGCAAUUUUGUUAUCAGAAGAUAUAAGAACAUUGCAAGAAGGACACCCUCAUACAAUUCUGAAAAGUGGACUUCUUGGAGAGCAUCCAUCUUAUCCUACGAAGGAACAAGAAGAUGAAGAUUACAUUGAUCUCGGAGCAGCUAUUCUAGACUUCUAUUCCUCUCUAGUAGAUCUGCUUGCAAAAUGUGCGCCCGAUCCAAUGACAAUUCAAGCCGGCAAAGGAGACUCUCUUAGAGCUAGAGCAAUUCUGCGGUCACUCAUUUCCUUGGAUGACUUAGGACAGAUAUUGAGUUUGAGGUUCACGAUACCUAAUUUGGCUCAACCAUCAACAGACGCUCGUCGUCGUUCGUUUGCAAAUUCACAUCAACAUACCGUGAAUCCCACACACUCAUUCGCUGCAGUCGCAUCUGUUCUCCAGAAUCAAUCACAAGUUGUUAGACGUAGACUUCCACGUGUAGUUGAAGAUGAGAAUGAUGUGGAAUCACCGGUGUCUGACUAUGGAAGUGUUCACACUUCUUUUUCUGAACCUAACUGUAGUCAAACAACUGUAACUUCCCAAAAAAAUCAGCACCAACUGCUCCAAAACAAACAAUCCACCCCUACCACAGCACUUCGUCCUAAACCUCGUCUAUCGUACAUAAAUACUGGCCCACUUCCGGGACUGUUACCUAAUCACAAAGGCUCUGUACUCUUGUUCCUUGAUCGUGUCUAUGGAAUUGAUAGUCAGGAUAUGUUGUUCCAUUUCCUGGAGCAAAGUUUCUUACCAGACUUGAGAGCUGCCACAAUGAUGGAUUCGCCACGAGCUCUUGAAUCGGACACCGCACUAGCUCUGAACCGAUAUCUGUGUAACGCUGUUCUACCUCUCUUGACGAAUCAUGCUCAUUUCUUCGCUGAUGCUGAACAUCAUUCAGCUUUAUUGGACGCAACUGUGCACACCGUGUAUCGCAUGAACCGACUGAAGUCGCUCACAAAAAAUCAGAGAGAAGCCGUUUCUGAUUUCUUAGUUGCCAUCACUAGAGAAUUACCUCCUGGUAUGAUGAUCAAGCUGCUAAGAAAAGUCAUAGUUGAUAUUCAACAAAUGACCGAUAUCAAUGUGCUCGUUCCACUUCGGCUAAUGACCCUUCACUACGAACGAUGUGGGAAGUAUUAUGGAUCCGGAAAUCAGUACGGUGUUGCAACUGAAACCGAGAAACGAUUGUCCAUGCUUCUCUUCUAUGCCAUCUUCGACUCUCUUGGAAGCCGACCAUAUGAUCCUGAUCUUUUUGGGAAAGCUCUCCCUUGUCUCACAGCUAUCGGAUCCGCUAUUUCGCCUGAGUACAGUUUGACAACUGGUGGGGAAGAUAUCAAGAAGUCAAAGGAUAUCACUGAGGAAGGCCCAUGGAUUCCUCGAACCAUCGAUAUAUCCAAAUGUGACUUAUCAAGUGAUAUGAAAAAUAUGACCAAUGCGUUUGCCGAGCAUUUCCACGAUUCUUGGGCUACAAGAAAGAUUGAAAAAGGAUGGGUACAUGGAGAAUUAUACUCUCGCCAACUUAUGACUCAUCCUAGAUUGAAACCAUUCCAAUUACUUCAAGAAUUUGAAAAAGCCUUUUAUCGUGAACGCUGCGCAGAAUGUAUCAAAGCACUUCUAGCUUGGGGUUACAAGUUUGACCUUACUGAUCGCGAUGCCGCGGACAGAGCUGCUCAUUCGCAUACACCUUCUGGAACUUCAAUACAGAAUUUCGCUCCAAAACCUGUUGAUUUGAGCAGUAUGACCUUAGAAAAAGAUAUGAUGACAGCUGGAGAGAAAAUGGCUGAGCACUCUCAUCUUGUGUGGGCUCUGAAGGCUUAUGAAGAUCUCACCUCAAAAGGAGGUUACAUGCCUAUACCAUUCGUACCCUGGGAUUUGCUCACUGAUUUUGAAAGAAGAAAAGAUAGAUUCAGGGCCAUUGAAAUUCUGAAGUUUUUGCAGUAUCAUGGCUAUAGAGUUGUGUGUCCAUUGUCAGAGCAAUCUCAAACAGGAAUGAAAAACGAAGGAGAGAGAUCUUCUGUGGAAAAGAGAUUUGCUUAUAACUUACUUGAGAAGCUCAUCCAAUUCCUGGAGCAAGCCAGCUUGAAAAUGCGUUCUGUUAAGCCCAGUCAAGAAUUAACGCGACGUAACUCAUUCCGAAAAGAAGGUCAGGAUGUCAAGUUCUUCGAAAAAGUUGUUCUUCCUUUGAUGCACGCGUAUUUCUGUGCUCACAAACACUAUUUCCUGGAAGGUUCCAGUAUUGUUCAAACUGGUACAGCAAGUAUCAAAGAAAAAGAAAUGGUCGCUUUCUUAUUCUGUCGGCUCGCGGCCUUAUUACGUAUUAAGAACCGUGCUUUCGGAAGUGUAGCAAAAAUCACUAUACGUUGUCUGCAAGGAUUGACGCAAGCUCUUGAUUUGAGAUCCUUAGUGAAAGUUAAUUCUGAUAUUGUCCGAACAUCGUUGUUGACAUUUUUCAACAAUUGUGCAGAUGAUUUGUUUGCAGCUGUCAAAGAACUCAAGGAUAAUGGUCAAUACUCAUUGAUUAGAGGACAAAACAUGAAAUCUUGGAUUUCUCUUGAGUUUGCUCAUCAGAUGAUUGUCCCUGUGUUAACAUCUGUUUUCAAUCAUAUGGCUAGAAACCAUUUCGGAACAGAUAUUUUAUUGGAUGAUAUACAAGCAGCUUGCUACAAAACGUUGGAUUCACUGUACAUGGUCACGGGGCUUUCUGCGACUGCGGCCCAGCGUAAAAGCAUAGGUUAUGAAACAGACAAACAUAGACCGGGUCUAGGACAAUGUUUAUCGGCUUUUGCUUCUUGUUUCCCAGUUGCAUUCUUAGAGCCAGAAUUCAAUAAGAACAACAAAUAUUCUGUCCUCGCUAAAAGUCAGGAGCAGUCGGUUCAGGUUCAAGAAAUGCUUCAAAAUCUGUCUACGCACAUUCCCCAUCUUGAUAAGUUGUUGUCUGAUAUCGAACAAGUUGCUAACAACAGCACUAUGUAUAACGAACAGCCCAACGUUUACGAUGUAGAUCUACCUCUUAUGUGCUCAUAUUUGGCUUACUGGAUAAGCGCAGGCCGUAACGACCAUUCUCAAACUACAAGUGUGACGAAUGACUAUAUCAACCGUAUUUUCUGUGCUCUCCUCAAAAUGAUCAGAAUUCAUGUUGGCGCUGAAAAUGCUCCUUGGCUAUGCCGAGUAACAUUCUUUGCUGUGCAGAUUAUCCAAAAUGUAACUUGUGACCCUGUGAAGGAGUUCAUGCUACCCAUUGCGGAACGCCUACGUAGAAUGAGCGAAAGAGCUUACAAGGAAGAGGAACAUAUGCGGACACAUCCUGAUGAUGCCGAUGAAGGAACUGUAGCUGAGGAUAAUGCUCGUCUUGUACGCGAUACAUAUGCAUUCUUCCCUCUUCUGAUGAAGUAUACAGAUUUACAUCGUGCCCAAUGGUUGAAACAACCAUCCUGGGAAACUGAUGGAGUCUAUGAGAAUGUUGCCGUUAUUUUCCGGAUAUGGAGUCAAAGUCAGCAUUUCAAGAGAGAAGAACUGAACUAUGUUGCUCAGUUCGAAGAAGAUGCGGCCAUGGUAGGCGGUGGAGAAAUGAAAACGGGUAAAGCUGCGAUUGCUGAGCGGAAGAAAAAACGAAGAGAAGGACAGGCCAAGAAAGAUAAGCAUGCUAAUAGUAUUGUGAUAGCAUGUUUGAAGCGGUUGCUUCCCGUGGGGCUCAAUGUUUUCGGAGGACGUGAGCUGGAUAUUGUACAGCAAUCCAAAGAAAAAUUCGUUCAAAAAGAACAAGAAGAAAAAAUUCGAGAGUUCAUUAAAGGACUUCUUGAUAUACCAGUGAAAACUGAUCCGACUGACAAGAACGCGUGGCAAUUAUCCUUAUAUCGGAAAAUUGGUAAAAGUCAAAUGCGAGGAAAAGAUGAAAUGACACAAGAUGGUGUAAUUGAGAAAAUAUUCAAUAUGGGUCAAGUCUCAGCGAUUCUUCACACCGUGACGAGUCGCCCCGAAAAGGAAGAUAAGUGGAAGAAGGUAUUAACUCUUCAGCGUAAGAGAAUGGCUAUUUCUCUUAUAACAGCUUCUCAUCUUUAUAAAGUUGAUUUACACCGUGGAAUAAAUUUCUUCCUCCCUGCCUUCUCCAAGCUCUGGUUAGAAGAAGAGGAUACAGGUCAAGACAAACUCAUCAGCGAACUAUGUAGCGGCAUCGAAGAAGAUGAUUCUCCUCGAAUUGAAGUCAUUAUGGAAGACGGAGUGCUUGUUACUGCUCCUUCAGAAGAAAGCAAGGAAAAAGACGCUCAUCCCGAUCCUCUGCGUCAGCUAAUCCAGUGUUUCCAAAGAGCAGCCACUAGUGAAGAAAGCCAAGCAGCUCCGAUUCAUGAUGACGCAUUGUACAUUCGUUUUGCGGAAGUCAUGUCACAAUCUAUCCACAUCGAAGAAGAAGACGGUGAAGAUGGUGAUGAAGGAGAAAUUGAUCAAGCUCAAAAGGAAGAACAAUCUCAAGCUCUCAGAGCUGAACAAGGAGUUCUCGCUAAUAGAGGUGCUGCCAUCAUGUGCUUGAUGUAUCUGUCUGCUUCUAAUGGUGAGCCCAAUGACAUGGUUGCUCAAACUCUCCAACUUGGAAUUCACUUAUUAAGUGGAGGAAACGUGGAAAUUCAAAGAAUGUUGAUUGAGUAUCUUCAACUCAAAAAAGAUGUUCGGUUUUUCACUUCUCUUGCUGGUCUUAUGAACAAGUGCUCAGUGUUGAACUUAGAAAUGUUUGAACGCCAAAUCAAAGCUGAGGGACUUGGAAUGGGAGCUGAGUUAGCAGCUGGAGACAAUCAAAACUUGAACGAUGCUGAGUUUACUUGUUCCCUAUUCCGAUUCCUGCAACUCACUUGCGAAGGACACAACUUGGAGUUCCAAAACUAUUUACGAACGCAACCAGGUCAUACUACCAGUGUCAAUUUGAUCAAUUGUACUGUAGACUACCUGUUACGGCUACAAGAAUCAGUAAUGGACUUCUAUUGGCAUUACUCCAGUAAAGAAGUCAUUGAUGAAGGCGGAAAAGAAUAUUUCCUACGAGCCAUUCAAGUUUGUAGUCAAGUGUUCAAUACUCUCACUGAAAGCAUCCAGGGUCCUUGUGUCGGAAAUCAAAUGACUUUGGCCAACUCUCGUUUAUGGGAUGCUAUCAAUGGAUUCUUCUUCUUGUUCGCUCACAUGAUGGAAAAGUUAUACAAGAACUCAACCCAACUAGAACUUCUCCGUGAAUUCUUAAACUUGCAGAAAGAUAUGAUUGUCUUAAUGCUUUCCAUGUUAGAAGGUAACGUUCUUAACGGUCCUAUCGGAAAGCAGAUGGUUGACGCUCUGGUUGAGUCACAGCCGUCUGUGGAGAAGAUUCUCAAGUUCUCUGACAUGUUCUUGAAGUUAAAGGAUUUGACUACAUCACAAGCAUUCCAAGAUUUUGACACAAACCGUGAUGGUUGGAUUUCUCCUAAAGAGUUCCAACGAGCAAUGGAAAGUCAAAAGAUGUAUACAGUCGAAGAUAUCACCUAUCUUAUGAUGUGUACUGAUGUCAACAAUGAUGGCAAAGUAGACUAUAUGGAAUUCACUGAGAGAUUCCACAAUCCUGCCAGAGACAUCGGUUUCAACUUAGCCGUUCUACUUACCAAUCUGAAAGAACAUAUUACUAACGAUCCCAGAUUAGAAAAGAUCAUUGAAAAAGCUCAAACACUGCUCGAAUACUUCGAUCCAUUCUUAGGACGUAUCGAGAUCAUGGGUUCGAGCAAGCGUGUGGAGAAAAUCUACUUCGAGAUUCAAGAGUCAUGGCUUGAACAAUGGGGCAAGCAACAGAUCAGAGAUUCUAAGAACUCCUUCUUGUUCAACGUUCUUCAAGAUGAUGGAGGUGACCAAGGCAAACUGGAAGCUUUCAUUAACUUCUGUGAAGAUACUAUCUUUGAAAUGCAGCAUGCAGCUGAAAUUUCAGCAGGAGAUGGAGACUCGAAAAUGGAAAGAGCCAUGAAGCAGAGAGAUUACUUUUUGCAACAAACAAGUGCUGGAGAACAAAUAACUGAAACAUUCAAGAGUGGAUAUAACAUCGGAAUCAGCGCUGCUGUUGCUUUACAUCCUGAAAACAUCAAACAAACCUUCAAAAAUAUCAGUUCGAAAGUCAAACAAAUGACUUGGAUGCAGUUCUUCUACUGGCUCAUAAUUGUGAUUUUCCAAGCUGGUGUGAAGUUAGGAGUAUCGAUCUGGCUUCUUCUUCUGACUGUCUUCCGAUUCGCCUAUUACCUAACAACACCAAGUAGAGACGAAGAAGAGAAGGAAGCCUUCAUACCACCACCUGCAGAACAUAACCAUCAUCCAACAUUUACCCAUCCUGUGUUACCUGAGUUCCAUCACAGUCAUGUUGGAGUGGAUGCGUUCGGGGUGCUGUCUCCUGAUCAGCUUGGAACAGAAAAGCCUACUGUGAACAAUAUCAGCGAACCGACAGCGAAUCAUAUACCUAAUGGUCAUGCUGUGCAUGCCGAUCCUGUUGAAGAAGACAAUGUCUCUACAGCUUCUCCUCACCAUCAUACACCACCACCAAGUGUUCAGAAGCCUCCAAGUCUCUAUGAAUCUCUCGGAGCUCCUAAUCAGCAAAUGCCACAGUCGGAAGUUGACUUCGCUUCCCCCGGUCUGUAUGAGCCCAAGAUCGCUGAACAGAACGUUGGAAAGAGCAAAGGAUCAAUUCUUAACAUGCUAGCUAGGAACUUCAAAACUAUCGAGAAGACUACGUUGCACUUGGCUUUCUUCAUCAAUGUUAUUCUUCUCUUCCACAGAGUUGAUAUCAUGCAAUCGGAAAAUCCUGAUCACGAACCUAUUGAGGGAGAAGACGAUGAUGAAUCCACUGAAAACAUCUUCAUCACCGGAAUGUUAGUUCCUUAUGUAGAAUAUGAAGUAACCGGCUGGCUUCUGGCACAAGUUCUUUAUUGGAUCAGCAUGCUUCAUCUCGUGACUUCUUUUGCCCUCCUUGUUUCUUUCUACCAACUGAAGAUCCCUCUCAUCACUUUCAAACGAGAGAAAGAAGUUGCGAGAAAGUUAAUGUUCGAUGGCUGCUGGAUUACAGAAGAAGAUAGUGAAGAACGAGGAGUAAUCGAGACCUUCAUGUGGUACCUAGAUCGGAUAGUCAUAAGUGCUAAAUCGUUCCCAAUGAUGUACUGGGACAAGUUCGUACGAAGGAAAACAAGACAGAAAUUCAAAGAUCAAGUUGAUGAAGAAACACUUUUAUCCUUAUUGGGAGAAGAAAAAUCCUCUGGUGAUAACAGCUUCGACUACAGAUACACCUGCUGGCUAUGGAUCGGCGUAAUUUUGACCAACGGACAGUUUUUGUAUAGAGUUGGUUACCUGUUAUGUUCGGCUUGCGGUGUCUUCAUCUCUCCUUUCUUCUAUGCUUUCCAUCUCAUCGAUGUGGUGCUCUCAUUCCCUAUGCUUAAAGCUAUUCUACAGUCUGUUACUCACAACUUACAACAGCUUAUCCUCACCAUCAUGAUGAUAUUGGUAGUCGUAUACCUUUACACAGUCAUUGCCUUCAACUUCUUCCGUAAGUUCUACGUGCAAGAGGGUGAAGAGGGUGAAGAACCUGAUCGCAAAUGUCACAACAUGCUCACGUGCUUCAUCUACCAUUUCUACGCUGGUGUCAGAGCUGGUGGUGGUAUUGGAGAUGAGUUAGAAUCGCCAUAUGGAGAUGAAUUGGAGUAUCCUAGAAUGUUCUACGAUAUUUCCUUUUUCUUCUUUGUUAUUGUUAUUCUAGUAGCUAUCAUGCAAGGUUUGAUCAUUGACGCUUUCGGAGAACUUCGUGAUCAACAAGAGUCAGCCACAGAGAAGCUUGAAUCAUCUUGUUUCAUCUGUGACAUUGGCAAAGAAACAUUUGAUCGGAUGCCGAGAGGCUUCGAAAUCCACACCACUAAAGAACACAACUUUGCCAACUACCUAUUCUUCUUACAACAUCUUGUAAACAAGGACGAAACAGAGUAUACUGGUCAAGAAACAUACGUUCGCGAGAAAUAUGAUAAUCGUGAUUGGGAUUUCUUCCCAGUUGGAGAAUGUUUCGUCAAGCAAUACGAAGAUCAACUACUUCAAUCAUAG